AUGAGCCGGUUGAACAUCAUGCAUGUAUUUCCUCCAUCCACAUUUUGCAAGCUGCGAUGGCUUCACUGUCAUGGCUUUUCUUGCAAGAUUGUCAGUUGUGUGCGCAACUUGAGCCAACUUUCUGGACAAGAAGCUUCUAACAAGGUGCAAAGCCUGCUGCAAUUUUGGAAGUCACAGUUUAUUCAAUCAAAGGUUUCAGAGCCAGCUGAAUCAGUGCAAUAUAUCAUGAGUGCUGUACUCAAAUGUGCCAGGGGUGAUUUGGCUCGCUUGGCCGAAACAGAGCUGGAUGCAGGACAACGUAAAAACCUCGAGCGUUUCUGUCUCUGUCGUCUUCACAAGAUGCCGGUGCAGUACAUCAUCGGUGAGUGGGACUUCUGCGACGUGACGCUGAAGCUGCGGCCGCCCGUCUUCAUCCCGCGGCCGGAGACGGAGCAGCUGGCCCAGCUGGCGGCCGAGCGGCUGCGGCAGCGCGGCGGCGGCCGUCUGCUCGAGGUCGGCUGCGGCUCCGGCGCGCUCUCCGUCGCCCUGCUUCACUGGCUGCAGGACGACCAGUCGGCCGAUGCGUGCCGCCUGACGGAGGAGAACGCGGCUCGGUUGGGCGUCGAGGACCGGCUGCGGGUGUAUAACGCCACGCUGACCGAGGACAGCCUGCCUGGCGAGCACCGCCAGCUGUACGACCUGGUCGUCAGCAACCCGCCCUACCUGACGACCGCGGAGCUGCGCCGGCUGCAGCCCGAGAUACUACUGUACGAGGACCGGGCGGCGCUGGAUGGCGGGCCGGACGGGCUGCGCGUGACACGCCGCCUGCUGCGCCACGCACCGGGCUGGCUGCGCCCCGGCGGCCGCCUCCUGCUGGAGCUGGACCCCGCGCAGCCGGCGCGGCUCGGCGGGCUGCUGGCCGACUCCGGCAGCCCGCUCCGCCACGACCACACGCACUCAGACUACGCCGGCCGGCAGCGGUUCGCCGAGCUGUGCCUGCCGCCGUAGCCGGCUGCCGGCGGGGCGCGCGGAGCUAGCGCCGGCACACCGUCUGUGGGAACUGUCGUCCGUCAGCAAACCAGCUGUGGUGACUGUGGGCCGUCGGCAGACCUGAUGUGGGGACUGUGGUCCGUCGGCAAACCAGCUGUGGUGACUGUGGUCCGUCGGCAGAUCAUCUGUGGGGACUGGUCCGUCGGCAAACCACCUGUGGGGACUGUGGUCUCUCAGGGAUACGGGCGGCGUGGUUGUGAGUUGGUGCUGCGGUUUGGGUGGACAAUACAUCGCCAGGAGUGCU